AUGGUGAUCCCAUCACCCCCCGAUAAUAUUGCCAACAUGGCAUUGUCCAACGGCCUUUCUCCCUCCCUCACCUCGAAUUCUCCAGCCGUGAAUGGCGAACUGGCUGAUAACAAUGCCGGUUACAACCUUUCCGAACAAUCAAACAAUUUCACAUCGUCAGAGUCAUCGCCCGAUGCGGAGAUGGAGGACGAGUCGUAUCAUAGCGGCUCUCCUGACGCUGAGGCGGUUGGCAGUUACUCUGCUACGGAUAGUAGCGAGAAAGGUAGCAGCCCAUCCAGCAUCGGAAACUCCUCGUCAUCAGAGAUCAAGCGUGGCAUCAAACGUAAAUCGUCGUCUCUGAGUGAAUCAGACUUCAUCAGACAGAAUCCAGAUUUGUAUGGUCUUCGCCGUAGCGGACGAGCUCGGACAACACGCCAGGUUGUUCAAUCCACCUCCUCAGAGUCAGAGUCGGUCGUUAGGGUCUCACGCACCAAGCGUCGACGCCCGGUAGCCUCACAGCGGUCCUCGAAGCGUCCAUCCCCUCCAGCCAGUCAGUCUUCCUACUCCGCGGAGUCAGACGAUGACGAGUAUGGCGGACCUUCUCGUACGAGUAAGGCGAAACGUCGUCGUAUGCUGCAGCCAGCGUCGAACAAAGAACCUUCACAUGCUGAGAUCCGGUUCUCGACGCGGACUGCGUCUCGUCGUGUCUCCAAUUACAAUGAAGACGAUGAUGAUGACAUGUUUUUGGAUGAACCUGAUGAAGUUAUGGACAACUAUCAGGCAAACACUGUUGAGGACGACCGUCCAGCUGUAGAUGUCGUGCUAAAUCAUCGCCCCAAAGAGGGGGUCAGCCCAGGUGACAACGAUGUUGAUGAGCACUCCUUUGAAUUUUACAUCAAAUGGCAGGAGAAAUCACAUUACCAUGCCACAUGGGAGACUUACAAAUCCCUCAUCGAUAACUGCCGCGGCACACGCAGAGUUGAUAACUACAUUCGCAAGGUGCUAUCUGAAGAGCUACGUAUGAACCAUGACGGCGAUGCCCUUCCCGAGGAGCGUGAAAAGUGGAACCUCGACCGUGAAAGAGAUGUCGAGGCCAUUGAAGACUACAAACAGGUUGAGAGGGUGAUCGCCAUGCGGGAUGGUGAUGAGGGAACAGAGUACCUCGUCAAAUGGAAGCGGCUAUUUUACGACUCUUGUACCUGGGAGAGCGAAAGUCUUGUCAGCGAGAUUGCUCAACGCGAGGUUGAUCGCUUCUUGGACCGUUCCUCUCAUCCACCCUCGUCGGACAAGACCGAGAUGAACCCUGCCACUCGCAAGCCCUUCGAACCAAUCAAAGGCACACCGAGCUUUUUACAGAACGGCGAACUAAAAGAUUUCCAAGUCAAGGGAGUCAACUUCAUGGCCUUUAACUGGGUCAAGAACCGUAACGUCGUUCUCGCUGACGAGAUGGGAUUGGGUAAAACCGUUCAGACGGUCGCUUUCAUCGCGUGGCUGCGUCAUGUCAGACGCCAGCAGGGACCUUUCAUCGUCGUCGUCCCUCUCUCGACUAUGCCAUCCUGGGCUGAAACCUUUGACAAUUGGUCCCCUGAUCUGAACUAUGUGGUCUACAAUGGCAACGAGGCCGCACGCACCAUGCUCAAAGAUUAUGAACUCAUGAUCGACGGGAAUCCCAGGCGUGCAAAAUUCAACGUGCUCCUUACUACCUACGAGUAUGUGCUCCAGGACUCGACUUUCCUGAGCCAGUUCAAGUGGCAGUUCAUGGCUGUCGACGAAGCUCAUCGCUUGAAGAAUCGUGAUUCGCAGUUGUAUCAGAAGCUGCUGGAAUUCAGAUCCCCCGCUCGUCUUCUCAUCACUGGUACUCCUAUUCAGAACAAUCUCGCUGAGCUGUCCGCACUCAUGGACUUCUUGAAUCCUGGCGUGAUAGAUGUGGACGUGGAUAUGGACCUCAAUGCUGAAGCGGCUUCUCAGAAAUUAGCUGCAUUGACGAACGCCAUCCAACCUUACAUGCUUCGCCGCACAAAGUCGAAGGUCGAGUCUGACCUUCCUCCUAAAACGGAGAAGAUCAUUCGCGUUGAGCUUUCAGACGUGCAGCUGGAGUAUUACAAAAACAUUCUUACGAAGAACUACGCCGCUUUGAAUGAUGGCGCACAGGGUCAAAAACAGUCACUUCUGAACAUCAUGAUGGAAUUGAAGAAGGCUAGCAAUCACCCAUUCAUGUUCCCCAAUGCUGAAGCGAAGAUACUGGAAGGAAGCACGCGUCGUGAGGACGUAUUGAGGGCACUCAUCACAAGCAGCGGGAAGAUGAUGCUUCUCGACCAGCUGUUGGCCAAGCUGAAACGAGAUGGUCACCGCGUUUUGAUUUUCAGCCAGAUGGUGAAAAUGCUUGACCUGCUCGGCGAUUAUAUGGAGUCCCGUGGCUACUCGUAUCAACGUUUGGACGGAACUAUUCCUGCUGCUUCGCGCCGCCUGGCUAUUGAGCAUUUCAAUGCGCCCGGCAGUAGCGAUUUUUGCUUCCUUCUGUCUACUCGCGCAGGUGGUCUGGGUAUCAACCUGAUGACUGCUGAUACUGUCAUUCUGUUCGACUCAGACUGGAACCCGCAGGCUGAUCUUCAGGCAAUGGCCCGAGCACAUCGAAUUGGUCAAACCAGACCAGUCAGCGUAUACCGCCUUGUUUCGAAAGAUACCGUUGAAGAAGAAGUUAUCGAGCGAGCUCGCAACAAGUUGCUGCUCGAGUUCAUCACUAUUCAAAGGGGCGUCACUGAUAAGGAAGCCUCGGAGAUCCAGAACAAGAUGGCCCGGAGUGGCAUUAACGUUAGCGAACCGAAUUCCACUGAGGACAUUUCCCGUAUUCUCAAACGCCGCGGUCAGAAGAUGUUCGAGCAGACUGGAAAUCAGCAGAAAUUGGAACAGCUCGACAUCGAUUCGGUGCUGGCCAACGCAGAAUUACACCAGACAGAACAGGCCGAAGGUAUUCAAGCGGACGGUGGAGAGGAGUUCCUAAAAGCAUUUGACUUCGUUGACAUCAAAGUCGACGAUCUUACUUGGGACGAUAUCAUUCCCAAGGACCAAUUGGACGAAAUUAAAGCUGAGGAAAAGCGCAAGGCGGACGAACGGUACCUCGCCGAACAGAUCGAGAUGAGUCGACCUCGAAAACGCAAUGUUCCCGCUGAUGGGCAGGACACUCGUGAAGAAAGAAAGGCUAAGCGACGAGCCAGAGCUCAGGUUACAGUCGACGAGGGGAACAGCUCUGACGAAAGUCGUCCCCACCUGGACCCCAAACGUCCCCUUAAUCAUAAAGAGAUCCGCCAUCUUUAUCGGGCCCUCGUACGUUAUGGAGACAUCAAUGAGCGCACAGAAGAAUUCUUGCGGGAAGCCCGUCUUAUGGAUAGAGACAGGGAAACCAUUGUUGCCGUUCUGCGGGAAAUGUCUGAUAUGGCUGCCAAGCUCAUCCGAGAAGACGAUGCUAAGAUGGAGGCACUGGAAAAGGCAGGCAAGAUGGUAACGAAGAAGGAGAGGAAGGCCGUCUUGUUCGAUUUCAAAGGCGCUAACCGUUUGAAUGCUCACCACAUCGUGGAUCGUCCGAGAGACUUGCGCAUUCUGAGGCAGGUCACCUCAUCCGUUGCUGACGUCAAGAGCUUUCGCAUUCCGGAAGCAACAAAGGCCGCGGAUUAUUCAUGCUCGUGGGGGGCGCGGGAAGACGGCAUGUUGUGCGUCGGUGUCGCCCGCCAUGGAUGGGGUGCCUGGACCCAGAUCCGGGAUGACCCGGAACUUGGACUUGGUGAUAAGCUCUUCUUGGAGGAACAUCGUGUCGAGAAGAAGAAUGAGCGCGCGAACGCCGAUGAUAAGACAACCAAAACUCCUGGAGCGGUUCAUCUUGUUCGCCGGGUCGAGUAUUUGCUGUCAGUGCUGAGGGACAAGUUGACCAACGGCACCAAUGUCUCUGCCAGGAGAGCGGUCGAGAACCAUCAUCGCAACCAUCGGAGCACCGCUCGGACCAACGUGAGUGCCAGCGUCUCGGCCUCGCCUGCGCCGUCUAUCGCACGCAAGGGUCACCGUGAAGCCGACCGUUCAAGGCACCGUUCUCAGACUCAUGGAGCCCGUGACAGUGUGGAGCGGAACCACACUCCAGGUCGGGAUUCUCGCCCAAAGUCCGGCCAGGAGAAUGACCGUCGUCGCAAAUUGUCUGACGCCUCGAGCGAGGAUAUCCGUCGUCGUAAACCGAGUGAGCGUAAAUCUAGCGAUAACGGCAAUUCCGACGAGAUGCUUCGCCUCUUGUUCAAACCUAUUCUUUCGUCUCUGGAGCGAGUCUCUGGUUUGACUAGGGACAGCAUGACAAGCAAAGCGCGCCGCGCCUCUGAGUUGCGCAACCUACUUGGCUACAUUGGCGGAUUCAUUCGGAAGACUCUAAAAGGAGAGAAUUACAUGCCGUCCCUUGAGAUUCGCUUGUGGGAGUACGUUGCUAUCAACUAUUGGCCGAACAAAGAAGCCGGAGGCCGUCAACUUCAGACGAUGUAUCAGAAAAUCGUUGCUGCGAACAAUGCAACCACCAACAAGGACGGGUCUGCGUCAACACCAUACUCUGCUAGAGAUUAG